UGAAUUUCUUCUCUCUCUCUCUCUCCCCCCCCCCUCAUUAAAUCACAAAGUUGCAAACUUUCUCUUCAAUUGAAUGAAAUGAAUGAAUUAUAGUUUUCUUGGGCAUUGUACACCUUUUCCUUUUCCCUUUAUCUUAAUUCCAAUUCAAAUCCGCUUUUCUCUGACUUUCCUUUCUUCUAUUUCUUCAGUCUCUGUCGUUUCCUUCUUUCAAUCUCUAGCUCCAUUGCUAAGGUCAGGCCAGAAGAAGAACUUCCAUGGGUACAUGUUUGAGUAAGAAGAAAGGGUCCUCCUCCUUCUCUUCCCCUAUUGCUGAAACCAAGUCUCUUUCUUCUUCAGCGCCUCCUGAGCUGAAGAACAAUUCUGCCAAUGUCAUUUCUGUAUCCAAACCCAAAGUGGAAUCUGAGCCACAACUGAAUCUGGAGAAGGAUAAGAAGACGACAGUGCUCCAAGAGAAGCAAGAACCAGUGCGUGAAGAUUCAGGAGGCCAAGUGAAAAAGGAGGUUUUCAUCAUCAAGCACAGGAAAAGCCAUGAUGACAGGGAGAGAAAUUCCAAAUGCCCACCAACUGUUCACCAAAAUACCUCAGUUGAUGGAGAUGCUGAAAAUGAAACUAACAAUGAAGCAGUUGAGUUUGUGGGUGCUAACAAGACUUUGCCACCAGCAUCAGCAGCAACCAUGGGAGUGGGUGUGAGGACUUCAAGCUGCACCAAGGAAGAGGUGGAUGCAAUUCUCAUACAGUGUGGGAGACUCAGCAGAAGCUCUUCUGGUAAAGCUGCUUCUUCUUCUGCUGGUGCCGGUGAACGUAGGAGAAGGUACUCUGGUUCAAAGAGAAGCUAUGAUUUUGAUCACUGUGACAAUGACACCAUUUCUGCUGAGGAUGACCAAAGGAGGGCCAAUGGCACAGACAAUAGUGAUCUGUGUGAGGAUGGUGGAGAGAAACGCCGCCAACACCGCCCACGAGACCGCCAAUCUCCCAGAAAGCCCUCUUCUUCUCAGGGAAGGAGAAGAACCCCUAGCAGGGAAAGAGAUCAGCAGCAGAACCAGCGAUCCAGUAGCAGAGAGAGGAGGGUUAGCAGAUCUCCUGGCAGAAGAUCUUCAGAGACCAGCAACCCCACAAGCACAAACGCAGCUUCUGCCAUUGCUAGCAACAAUAACAGCAAUUCCACUGCUAGACCUGGGAAGAUGGUAUCUGUUCCCCCAACUGUUUCAUCCUUGGUUAUGGAUAAGAGUAACAAUGGUGGUGGAGGAGAAUCUGGAGUCAAGAGGAUCUCAGUGAAGAGGAAUGUUGGUGAUAGUGGCAUGGUGGGUUCACGAACUGCAGCCUCACCACGUUCUCAAUCUCCUGCAAGGGCAAAUGGAAAUGGUACUGCAGCGAAUUCUAAAACAUUGGGAGAGAGUAAUGCUCAGCAACAACCCUCACUUAGCCGUAACUCUUCAAGGAAAGCAGAUCAAUCGCCUUAUAGAAGAAACCCAUUGAGUGAAAUUGAUCCCAACUUCCUUGCUUAUCCACAAUCAGCCAACAAUAACAAUAAGAAAAUGAAUGUUGAUGUGAACGACAACCCCAAAAGCAGAACCAGGGGUGUGGGGGGAAAUUGCAAGCCAAAGGAGCAACAAGAGGAAGAGGUGAUAGGGCUAGGUCCAAUGACUGAAAAUAUCGUUGUGAAAACAGUUGUGCCUUCAGGGAUUGACAACCUUAAACAAUCCCAGACAUUGACAAGAAGCAGGUCCUCUAGGCGAUCGCGGGACCUAGAUAUCAACCCUGAAACAAUGUUGAAUCCUGAGCAGUCAUACACUUCGCUUCUACUUGAAGACAUCCAAAACUUCCAUCAAAAUAACACUGCCACACCACCUGUCUCUCUCCCUGCUUGUGUAACCAAAGCUUGCUCUAUAGUUGAAGCUGUUGCUGAUCUGAACUCCACUACUAGCUCAAAUCUCCUCGGUCCCUUCUCUGAUGACCGGAAAAGUCCACCCACAUGUCAAUCAACUAGGAAUGACUACAAUGUCUCAUUGGGUGCAAAUCAUUAUGGGAAGAAAAGGGUCAAAGACACCAAAGAUCCAUUUGUGGAAUCUGAGGUUGUUGUGCAUGAUGAUGUGAUGGAGCCAAGCUUUCAUAAGUAUGUCACAGUGAAGAGAGGUGGUUCAGUUCGUGGUGGUGGUGGGGCAGACAUGGAGGAUCAAGAGUCUUCAGGAAGCAACAGCUUCACUGUGAGUGGUCAACAAAACUGGGGAUUCUCUUCUUCUUCAUGGGAACCCAACUCUGCUGAUUCUACUGAUAGCUGGACUUCAAGAUUGAACUCCAGAGAGGAAGAAGUCCAGAAAAGUUCAUCAGGCUGGGCAUCUGAAGCAGGACGUGACAUGGAGGAAGCGAGGAAGAAGUCCAAUAGCAAGGGGAGAGAAUGUGAUCAUCAGCACAGCGGUGGAAUAGGGAGAGGCAGGCUUGGUGCAGCUAAGAGUCUGCAUACCUUAUCUGUUACAGCGGCUGCAACCAUAUAGAUGAUGUUAUGUAUGAAUGUCUCUUGACGUUGUCUAGUUUUUUUCUUUUCAAGUACUGAUUAUUUCUAUCGUUUGAGGUUGCAAACUUGCAACCAUUUCUAGUUUAAUUAAGGCCAUCAUUUUUCAAUAUCAUAGGCUCUCUCUGUCUCAUGUUGAAACAUGAUUGAAGAUUUGUCCAACUCUGGAGAACCGAACUAGCACAUAUACACUGUAAGUGUCACUAUGCAGAAGCUUGCAUCUUGAAAAUUCUUCUUAUACUCGUAGAAGUAAACAAGUACAUACUGUUCAAUGGUCAUUGAACAAACCUCACAUUCGUGUGGUAGCUUGUAUCUUGAAAUUCACCUCACAGUCAAUGAUCAUUGAACGUGUAAUAUUACAAGUCAAUUGACUUGUAAAUAUCCCAGGGAGUUCACAAGGAGUUUUUCCUUAAUCACUCAGAAAAGUAGGAAGCUUUGUAAUAUCCCCAUUCACUGGAUUUAGGAAGGUUGUAAUCCUGCAUAGGUUUUAGGCAUUUUCGUUUGCAAUCUAUUUUCUAAAAGAUGUCGCUUUUUGCUACAGUGACAUCCUAUAGCGCUAUGUUGCUUCUGUCUGAUUAUUAAUGCAACAGAAGCAUAGAAGAAUACUCAGAGGUGGCAUUGGUUUGUGUUGGGUUUUAAAUGAAUUUGAUGCAAUUAUUGUAAUUUUAUAAUUUGAUAACUUUCUACGAAGUAAACAAUUAAUCUACUCAGAGGUGGCAUUGGUUUGUGUUGGGUUUUAAA